AGGAAAAACCAACACCUUUCCUCAGAAUUUCCUUUCCUUUCUUCUCUGUUUGUUUUUGUGAGAAUCUCACUAUGUGAUUUUCAUUUUUCCACUCAUCACUCCCUAUUUUUCUGGUUCACCAGCACCAAAAACCAAUAAAAAUAUGAAGUAUAGAAACAUGACCCAUAUCUCUCUCCACUCUUCCUCCCCCAAAGUUCCAGCUACUAGUAUUGUUCCUUAAUUCUAGCCUUUGUCAGGUCAUCUGACUCAUUCUUCAACAUGUGAUAUGGGUCUCUUUUCCAGGUCAAAUUAUGAAGUUGCUGAACUGACAUGGGAAAAUGGCCAGCUAGCCAUGCAUGGACUUGGUGGGCUCCUUCCCACUGCUCCAACAAAACCCACAUGGGGUAGGGCCGGAGACACGCUAGAGUCGAUAGUGCACCAAGCCACGUGCCACAACCAAAACUCAAACUUCAUCCACCAUGCCCAGAACCUGGCCAAUAUGAAGUCUACAGUCGGGUCCUCCGCCCAUGUACGGACUGGAAAUCAAGGGUUGAUGAAGAAGAGGACUCGUUCGGAUUCCGCUCAUUGUGGAAGAAAUUUUAGUACUAAUGUUCAUGAAGCUGAGCGUGCAGACCGCAGUGCAUGUGCUAGUGCUAGUGCCACAUUUUGCAGGGACAAUGAAACAACCAUGAUGACAUGGCCCUCCUCUGAAUCUCCUCGCAGCUUGAAGGCCAAAACUACAGAUGAAGACUCGGCUUGUCAUGGUGGAUCGGAAAACCAGGAUGAAGAUAGGGAGACUAAAACUCAGACAGGGCGCUCUCACUCAACAAGAAGAAGCCGAGCUGCUGCUAUUCAUAAUCAGUCGGAGCGGAGACGUCGAGAUAGGAUUAAUCAGAAGAUGAAAACUCUGCAGAAGCUAGUACCCAACUCAAGCAAGACUGAUAAGGCAUCAAUGCUUGAUGAGGUGAUUGAGUACUUGAAACAACUUCAAGCACAGGUUCAGAUGAUGAGUGUAAGAAAUAUGCCUCAAAUGAUGAUGCCUAUGGGAAUGCAGCAACAACUUCAAAUGUCUCUCCUAGCGCGUAUGGGCAUGGGCGUUGGCCUUGGCAUGGGCAUGGGAAUGCUUGAUAUGAGUGCCGUCCCUCGUGCUGCACCUCAAACACUCCCUUCUCUCCUCCAUGCCAACCCAGUUGUUGCUGCCACUCCAACAUUUGUCCCUCCUCCCUUUGUAGUGCCACCCAUGAUGCCAUCCUCAUCACAACCAAAGUCUGAUGCGGGCGCCAACGCAGCAGUCCCUCUGCAGGAUCCAUACUGCGCUUUUCUAGCACAAUCGAUGAAUAUGGACCUCUACCACAAGAUGGCGGCACUAUAUCGGCAACAUGUCAAUCACAAGGCACAACCAACAAGCAGUCCAUCACACUCAAACCAUGACCUAGGGGAUUGAGACUCUGAGAGGACCCUGUUUUGUGCAGGAAGCAGACCUAGAAAAAUGAAGAAUUCUUAAAGAUCAAGUAUGAUAGUCUAGCCUUAUCGAUAACUCUUUAACAGUAUUUGGGGUUUAUGAAUUGUGAAACAUUGAUGAUCUUGUAUAAUAAGAGCUUGUAUUGAGUCUUACCUCUUA